AUGAAGGUGUUUUUCAAACCAAUCUUCCGGUGCGAGAUCGAGGGAGCCGCAGAAACACAGAGAGUUGCGUUGGAGCAUGACCCGAAGGUGGAAGCUGAUUUCCUGAAGAUGGAGGAGAAUGCUUCUGGCUACAAGGUCAAGGCGAGCGUGCGAGUGGUUGAUCGCUGGCUGGAUGCAGUGGUGCGCUUUGCUGGCUCUGCUCCAGUCUUUCUGGUGAUUGUCGGGGGUCUGCUCACAUGGGCAUUGAUGGGCGUUCGCUUCGGUGACUCGGACGUCUGGAUUGCCGCCAUAUCUGAUGUCCAAGCCAUCUUGUGCUACGUGUUCGACUCGCUCUUGAUGCGUCAGCUUUUGCGCGAGUAUGCCGAACAGAGUGCGGCCAUGGUUGAAAUCAAGUCUCGCUGUACCAGCCACCAUCGCAUGCUCGCAAAGGUCAAGGCGAGGUUAGGACCAGAGGGCACUCAGCGUGUGGCGGCGUUGUGUAGUGCUGAGCCUCUACGUCCACUCGACCACGGCAACCGGACCCAGACCCUUUUCGCAAAGAGCAUCAUUGCCGUAGCUCAGAUGUUCGGACAUGUUGCCACUGUUUGUCUGUACUGGGCGUGUAUCUUCGUCUGGCUUGCAUUUGGACACUACUGCGGCUGGUCGGAUCGGUGGCAGCUAUACAUCAACGAUGCGACAUCGGCCCUGAUGAUUCUUAUUUUUGCCUUCUUGGCUUGUCUUCGGGAAUGCUAUGCCGACUACACUAACUCUUGUGUCGAUGCAAUUUUUCGGCUCGAUUCCAGCCUCGAGAAGGCACUCCGCCGCCUUAGCCAAGAUGAACUCCCGAAUGCAAAAGAGAUCAUCGUUCCCCCUAAGGAGAGCUACCUUCAAGUCGUGGUUUUCUACUAUGCUGAUGCUGUUGGCACGUUAGUUGGGAUCAUCGUCCUAGUGAGCGUCGCUAUCACCUGGGCAUCUGUCGGGCCAGUCUUCCAAUAUAACAACACCUGGUGGCUGCUUAUCGGAACCUACGCUGGAUUAGUUGGUCUGUUUGACAGCUUUGUCCUUCGCAACGUCCAAGGAAAAGUACACAAAUACUUUAGCGAUCAAGUCCACCUCGUUGAAGAAAGGGACACUCCGCUUUUCACCUCGUUGUCAGUACCGAUUCCCUCGUCUGGAACUAUGGAAGAGCGAACCCUGAGUCGCCGUGUAUCGCGACGCAUGGAAGCGAUCAGUUCACACCUACUUAUGGUCGUCCUCGGAUUCCUUGUCACCGUUGGAUGUCUCACUGCUUCAAGCGCGAUGCACUGGAGCUUGACGGGUCAAUUGAUCUCGAACGUGCCUCCCAGCAUCAUCGAGACUUUCUUCAUGCUCAUCCUGAUCACUGGCCAGAACGAUGCCGAGGCCAAAGACCGCAUCGAUUUGACGGAUAUCUACUACCGGCGGCAGCGGCUGCUGUCGUUCAUAAGGCAUUCACAAGAUGUUUACGAUAGGGAAGAGACAGCCGAGGUGAAAGUUGGGGCGGCGGUGGCUGCACCGUGA